UUCUGAGCCCUUAGCUGAAACAGACCCUUCUAUCCUUCUUUCCUUGGAGGGCAGCGGGGGUCCCUGGUUUCUGGGGUCUUGGGCUAGCUUUGCUCCUCCCUUUGCUCUCCCUUGGGGGCAGAGACUGCGUGUUAGUGCAGUGAUGUCAUAGCUGAACAAUUUCACUUUCCUUUUUCUCCUCUUUGGAGGCCCCUGAAGGAGUUUUCUCUGGACUUCCCAGAGAUUCAGAGGGGGGGUUCGGCCUGCUCUGAGCCAAGUUAGGGGUCCUUUGGGGUCUGUGAAGGGGAUGGCAGGAGGAGACAAUGGACUCAGCAGCAGGACAAUUCCAGAGGACCAGAAUGAAGAGUCAGAUGACUAUCAGCUCAUGUUCAAGCACUUCAAAGAAAACAAGGUGGAGAUAGCAAGCGCUAUCACCAGGCCAUUUCCUUUCCUUAUGAGCCUUCGAGACAGAGACUUCAUCUCAGAGCAGAAGUUUCAGGAAUGUGAAGAAACAUGUAAGAACCUGGUUCCAGUGGACAGAGUGGUAUAUGACAUCCUCAGUGAAGUACAGAAGAAGUUUAGCCGGGAUCUUCUGAAAGUGAUAUUCAGCAAAACACAUCUGAAGGCCUACCCCGACUUAAAGGAGACUCUAAAACACUUCUUCCAAAAUGUUUCUGACAAUCACAGGACUCAUCAGAGUAUGAAUGGAAGAGAUGUUGAAGAGAGGCCCAGACUGCCAGCAAUCGUUAGGGAAGCAUCCUGUAGUCCUGGAAAUUCAAACAUGAAUGAUGAACAAGCUGAGGAGAUGCCCAACCUUCCACAAUGCAAUGGAGGAGCAUCCUGUAGUCCUGGAAAUUCAAACAUGAAUGAUGAACAAGAUGAGGAGAUGCCCAACCUUCCACAAUGCAAUGGAGGAGCAUCCUGUAGUCCUGGAAAUUCAAACAUGAAUAAUGAACAAGCUGAGGAGAUGCCCAGCCUUCCACAAUGCAAUGGAGGAGGCAGCUCUCCUGCUGUGGUUUUCCUUGGUCAUUCUGAGACAUUCUUUCCUACAGAGGGAAGUACUUCUUGUGAACAGUCGUGUGAUGGACAAGACCCCCAGGACCACCUGUCCUCAUCACUGAGACGUGAAGCAGGAGCACAGCGACCCACCAGUGAAGAGAAAUGUUCCUGUGUCAUGUGUUCCCCAACAUACGUGCCAGAAGACCUGGGAGCAAGGAUGGGAAGCAGCCAAGGAGAAGCCAUAGACAUUGGGAGGAGCAUUCCUGCAAGAAAACCCAAGAAGAGAAGAAAAAAGAAAGGUCACAACUGGUCAAAACCAAAAUGGAGAAAGCCAAUGAGUGUACGGAGAAAACGUGGCAAAAUAGCUGCUGGCCAGGCAGCUUUCAGGAGAAAGAAAAUGAAAAAGAACCCAGGACUCUCUGCUAAGAUCAGGGGUCUAAGAAGGCUCAGAAAGGAAAAUGCCAAUUUUAGUGCUGAAUUGCUUCCUGUGACGUGCGGUGACUUGAAGGGAGUGUUACACAAGAAUAAAUUCAAGAAAGGGAUAUCUGUGAUGUCCAUACAGUGUGAGGAUGGAAACUGGUGCACACCCUCUAAAUUUGAAAUCAUGGGAGGCUAUGGAAAAUCAAAGAACUGGAAAUUGAGUCUGCGCUGCCAUAAUUUGCCCCUGAAAUUCCUGAUCCAGAGAAAUUUUCUACCCAUCCCUCCACGGAUAUAUCACAAGAGGAAAAAGCAGAGAACACAGAACUUGAAUCAUUCUCCAGUUGACCCUAAUAUUGAGAACUCAGAUGAAUGUGAGGUGUGUCGGAAAGCAGGAACACUCUUCUGCUGUGAUACUUGUUCCAGAUCCUUCCAUGAAGAGUGUCAUAUCCCAACAGUGGAAGCUGAGAUAACACCGUGGAGUUGCAUCUUCUGUAGGAUUCAGUCCUUAGGAAGUCAACAGAGUCUUCCAGAAUCUGAGAUACUGCAGAGGGAGAUGGUGCCCCAGGAACAGUUGAGGUGUGAGUAUGUUCUCUUGAGAGCCUAUCGUUGUUCUGAGAGCUCCUUUUUUUCCAAGAUGCCAUAUUAUUAUUAUUUUAGAGAGAGAGCUGUGGGUGUUCAAGAGCCUAUGUGGUUGGACAAAAUCAAGAAAAAGCUGAGUGACCAGGCUUACUGCCAAGUAGAAGACUUUGUGCAAGACAUGAGGCUCAUCUUCCGGAAUCACAGAAUCACAUUCAAGGAUCCUAAGUUUGGCAAAAUGGGACUUAGACUGGAGUCCAAGUUUGAGACGAGUUUCAAGGAAGUGUUUGCUAUUCAGGAAACAAACGAAAAGAGUUGACUGAAAUCAGAGUUGUGGCUGGUGUCCUGGCACAAGCUGCACAUCUGGUCAGGUCUGCCCACCUGCAGCAGCAAUGAGUGUUCUUUACAGACGCCAUCAUUCCCAGACUGUGGGGCUGUGGAAUCCUGGGUGUUCGGCCACACCCCAGAACCCAGAGACCCAACAUACAGACCCCUUGCCGUGUCACAUAAGGCCCAGGUAGAGGGCGGGCUAACAGGUCACCCAAGCCCCGCCCCUCUCCCCCUUCUAAUAUAAGCAAACCCCUUCUGACAUUUUGGGAGAGCGCCACCAUCUAAACCCACCCAUGUCAAUAAAUCUGGACGACUUUAUUUCCA